CCAGAAGCCCAGAAGAGGAGAAACCCAGGGACGCCGCAGCCGCCGCACCACCACAGAACAGCAGAGUUGAGAGCCAGACAAGAAUCCAAACCGCCUUGCCUUCUCCUCGUCUUCUUCCUUGGCAGGCAAGGUCGGUCCAUCCGUCAAUCCAUCCUACGAUGGCGGCGCCCGUGUCCGCCCUGGAGUCCGCUUGGCAGUUGGUGAUCGCCAACUUCACCGAGUUCCAGCUCGCCACCCUCAUCACCUUCCUGCUCCACGAGACCGUCUUCUUCCUCUCCGGCCUCCCAUCCCUCCUCUUCGAGCGAUUCGGCCUCUUGGCCAAGUACAAGAUCCAGAAGAAGAGCAACACCUCUGCUUAUCAAAACAGAUGUGUCCUGCGUCUCAUUCUCUACCAUGUCUGUGUGAACUUGCCUGUCAUUAUUUUCUCCUACCCUGCCUUCAAAUUCAUGGGUCUUAGGAGCUCUCUUCCUCUGCCACACUGGACGGUUGUUGUAUCUCAAGUUCUUUUCUACUUUGUACUCGAGGAUUUCAUGUUCUAUUGGGGGCACCGGGCACUGCACACCAAAUGGCUAUACAAGCAUGUCCACAGCGUCCACCACGAAUAUGCUACGCCCUUUGGGUUAACUUCUGAAUAUGCCCACCCUGCUGAAAUUUUGUUCCUGGGAUUCGCCACGGUUGUUGGCCCUGCUCUUACUGGCCCUCAUUUGUUCACCCUAUGGAUUUGGGUGGUGUUGAGGGUAUUGGAGACGGUUGAAGCACAUAGUGGCUACCACUUCCCAUGGAGCCCAUCAAAUUUCCUGCCACUGUAUGGCGGCUCGGACUUCCAUGACUACCAUCACCGUGUGCUCUACACCAAGUCAGGGAACUACGCCUCGACUUUUGUUUACAUGGACUGGUUGUUUGGGACGGACAAGGAUUACCGCAAGGCAAAGGCUAUCGAGGAGAAGGAAGGGAAGAACCUGUAAAUCGCGAGAGCUGGUACGUGUUGUGGUAGCCAAGGCAUGAGCAACACUGGUGAUAGCAUUGGGUUCAUUGCCUGACUAUUGGUACUAGCAGUAUCCCACUCGUGGCCACGUCGCAAUGAUGAUUAAAUAAGAUAAAUAGACUCGUAUAAAUCAAUUAUAUACUGCUUAAUUGAAUUGUUUGUUUGCCGAUUAUUCCCAUAAUUAAUUAAUCCAA